CACAGAGGAACUUGCAGGUUGAUCUUAGAAGAGAAUUGGACCACUUUGCAGAACGUGAACGACUACAGCAGUGGAACAUUAAAAGGUUUGGAACUUUUGCUCACUUUGUGCCUAUCCAUAAUUACCAUGGCUACGAUGAUACAAGACAAUAGAUGCCAACAGGUAUUUCUCAAGAUUCUUUUUAACUGAUCCCCAGACAAAUGCAUUAUGAAAAACAUGUUUUGAAAUGAGCUGGAGUGACCUGCUUGUUGGCAAACCAAGGUAGGUUAUUUAUUUAUAAAAUAUUUUACCAGGAAAGAUACAUUGAGAUGUCCUGGGUCCACAAAACAUUGCAUUGAUACAUUAUGGUACAAUAAAAUACAAAAACAAUAUUAAAACACAAUAAAUAAAAAAUUUAACAUAGAACAGAUAAGAAAUAUAUAAUUAACCAUGACAAGCGCCACAUGUUUUGAGGUAUGUAGAGAGGAAUCACUUAAAGGACUUUAGGCUUAGGGAAGAUUUGAAAUUGUGUGGGAGGUCGUUCUAUAAUUGCGGUGCUCUGUAGGAGAAGGAGGAUCGGGUCGCUUUCUUUAUGUACUGAGGUAGGCUAAAUAAAGUGCUGGUACUGGAUCGGAGGUUAUAAGAAGUGGGAACAGCCAGGGACAGCAUUCUGCUCAGGUAGGGUGGGAGCUUCCCAGAAAAGCUCUUAAACACAAGCCUGGAAAGAUGAAGGGUGCGUCUGGAUUCCAGUGACAGCCAGUUUAGUUCUUUUAGCAUGUCACAAUGGUGGGUCCUGUAAUUACAUUGUAGCACAAAUCGGCAGAACGAGUUAUACAAUGUGUUGAGUUUAUUAAUGUGGGAUUGCUGUGCAGGUUCAUAUACUACAUCCCCAUAAUCAAUGACUGGCAUCAGCAUUUGCUGUAUAAUCUUUUCCUUUACUGUAGGGCUUAGGCAGGAUUUGUUUCUGUACAGGGCACCUAGUUUUGGAUAAAGUUUAGAUGCAAGCUUUUCUAUGUGCAGGCCAAAAGAUAGAUUGGGGUCUAACAUCAUACCCAAGUAUUUGAAAGAGUGGACUGCGGUCAGUGUGCCAUUUGAAUUUGUUUUGAUGAAUAGGUGGUAUUUGUGUUAUUUAGGUACCGUUCCAAAGAUCAUUGUGACAGUUUUGUCAGUGUUCAGGAAGAGUUUGUUUUUUGCGAUCCACUUUUCUACCUCUGUAAAUUGGUCUUGGAGCACAGCCUCAAGCUGCAGUAGAUUGGAUUUGCUCGCAUAGAUUACUGUGUCAUCUGCGUACAUGUGUACAUUUGAGGAUUUGCAGACAUUAGGCAGAUCAUUUAUUCAUAAUGUGAAUAGUAGGGGGCCGUGAAUGGAAUCUUAGGGAACACCACAUGUGACUGGGAGAGGGAGUCGCUGUCAGAAAUGGACACAUAUUGUGAGCGAUCCGAUACAUAUGAUCAAAACCAGGUUAGCAGACAAUCAACAAAACUGGAGUUUUUGAGUGUGUGCAGAAGAAUGUCGUGGCCUUUGCAAAAUCAAGGAAAAUAGCUACAGUUAGGUCUCCUUGUUCCAUGCCAGUUUGGAUGUCUUUGCAAACUUUUAAGAGGGCAGUUGUAGUGGAGUGAUUCGGACGAAAACCCGAUUGAUCAGCGGUCAGUUAGUUUGAUUGUUGGUAGUACUCACAUAGUUGCAUAUGCAUGCAUUUUUCAAAGAUUUUUGACAAUACUCACAGCAAUGAUAUUGUGUGAUAGUUAGAAACCAAAGAAGUGUCACCACUUUUAUGGGUAGGCACUACUAUUACAGUCUUCCAAAGUUUGGGUAUGUAUCCAGACACCAAGGAUUCGUUAAUUAGAGUUGUGACAGGUUUAGCCAUUGCCGGCGCACUGAGCUUCAACAGCAUUGCUGGGAUUUGAUCAGGUCCGGACUGGUUUUUAAUUUUUAGAUUAUUAAUAUGUUUCUUAAUGACACUAAUAGGUACAGGUCUAAAAACUAACUUGUCUGUAUUGGGCCUUUGCAAAUUUAGUGGGGCCUGAUCCACAUUUGUAGUUUCAGGAUGCGUGUCAUUUAUUUGCUUGGCAAUCAGGGCAGUAGAGCAUCUGACAAAAUAAUUGUUAAAGGCAUUUGCUACAUCUAAGGGAAGUUGCAGGGUUUGGUUAUCCACUUUGACAGUGGAGGGUUGAUAGUUAUACAUGCGGCUAGCCAUUCAGCUGAGAGGAGGUGAUAGUAAUAACAGCUUCAUGUUUAACAAUAAAUUUAAUAGUGGCAGGCACUAUUGUCACAUUUAAAAAGAGGGAAUUUUUUUAGACCAUUCAUGUAAAAUAAACAAAUAAUUACGCAGUCAUUAAAUCUGUGUUUUUUUUUAUUUUGGUCAACUGAGAAGCAAGAUUUCAGUACUCCCCAUUGCCUUUUCAAGCUAGGCUUAUUUAUAGUUUUUUUUUAUUAUCUUAGUACAAUCUUCAUAUUAAUCUCACCUUUGCCAGGUGAUUUGCAAAGCAAACUGUUGCAAAAAAGUAAGUAUUGGGUCACAUUACUGACAACUAGGUGAUCUGAAUCUGAAAAAGCUUAUAUUAAGAUAGAUAUAUAUAUAUAAAUAAAUGUUCCUUUAAAUAAUGUGCCAAGUGUUGUUACACUCUAUAGCCUCAUUCAACAAAUGCAUACUGCUAACAGUAUUAUUAUAUGACAGUAUAAAAGGUAUGGCAACUUCUUUGUCAAUUUAUUUUGUGUGUGUGUAUAUAUAAAAAGGUCAUAGUUCAUAAAUGCAGUUGAUAGAAGUUGGAGAGAUGUUCUUUUCUGUAAUAUCUUUUUCAUUUAUAGUGUAUGGGUAAGUACCCAGCCUUAUCUCUAUAGCUUCUGUAUCACAAAGUCCUUAAAUAUCAGUCUGACGAAGAAUUGUAGAAAAUGAAAGUACCCCUUGAUAGAGCACGUGCACUCUGUGUCUAGAUACAUUUGAUGUUUUGUUGAAUUUUUUUAAUGUGGUUUUGUUUUCAUAUUGCAGAAGUUACGCCUUGUCUGAGUGUCGCUGAGCCUGGAUAUGAGCUGGCAUAAGAAAUCGUUAGAGAAGGACAAAGAGGCAGCAUUCACGGGAGAGAAAGGAACUCGAAAUAAAAAACAGAGGAUCAUCAGGAAGAAGAUAUCAUCCCUUGCCCUGCUCUGUGGAUCAUUAAAAACACAAAAGUAAUAACCUUUAAGCAUUAGAAUUUACCUACUGCAGAUCUGCACCUACCAUGGAGGGACCAUUAAUUAUACCCAACCAGUGUGCAGUACCCUGAACCCUUGACGUGGUAAAGCAAAUUUUGGCUUUCUGUAAGAGCCAUUUCUUACUUGGGGCGUAAAAUAACCAUGUUCACUAUUACAAUAAUGUGCUCGUAGCCCUCCACUAGAUUUGUGUCCAAAUGUCUGUUCUGGUGGCCCCAUUAUGGUGUGACCCUCAGAUAUCUGUGUGGUUACUAGAAUGACACAUGAGUAACAGAAGGCUAGAAAAUUAAACAAAAUCUGGAUUCCACAUACAGAAGUAUAGAAAUCCUGGUGGAAGUAGUCUUAAUUUAUUUUGAGUGGUGGAUUGGAGUCAAUCUAGACACCGGUAUGGCUAUAUUUUACAGCUAUUGGCCUAUUUAAUUACCAAUGUGUUUGCAUGCUCAAUUUGGGAUAGAUUUUGCAAGACGAACUGCAACACUAUGUUACUUCUAUGUCUGACCUCCCUUAUUCUGAAAUAUUUUUUGUUGGUUCCGGUACCGGAGUCCCUAAAAUAAAAUUUAAUGUGUGGGAAAAAAGGAAUUCAAUUUUUGGAGAAGACCAGCAUUUAACAUUUAGCUGACCCCUUUAGAUAGCCAAUUCCUCCCCAAAGUCAUCAAUGCUUUAUAAUAAAGAUGCACAAUAGUAAAUAAAGUAAAAAAUACAUCAGGAAAGUAAGAAAUAUAAUAAAACUACUGGUAAUGUUAACUGCAGUCUUUCAGUAAGUACGUUCCUGUAUUAAGGGAAUGUCUUUGAUACUAUUUUAUUUUGUAACAAGCCUGUUGUUAUUCCUUUAAACCAAGCACUGCUACUUGAGUCCACCAGGUGUUAGGUGAAUGCAGUACUUACCUUAUAGGAGGUGCUCUGAAAUACAAACUAAGUCUAAUAAUGAUUUAGCCAAAUUGUUGGAGGAAGGUCUUGCUCAUUAUAUCAUACACUAGUUGCGGAUUAUAAUGUGGCAAAUGGUUUGUAAUCAAAGAAAAACACAUCCCUGUUUGAAAACAUAGAAACAUAGAAUGUGACGGCAGAUAAGAACCAUUCGGCCCAUCUAGUCUGCCCAAUUUUCGAAAUACUUUCAUUAGUCCCUAGCCUUAUCUUAUAGUUAGGAUAGCCUUAUGCCUAUCCCACGCAUGCUUAAACUCCUUUACUGUGUUAACCUCUACCACUUCAGCUGGAAGGCUAUUCCAUGCAUCCACUACCCUCUCAGUAAAGUAAUACUUCCUGAUAUUAUUUUUAAACCUUUGUCCCUCUAAUUUAAGACUAUGUCCUCUUGUUGUGGUAGUUUUUCUUCUUUUAAAUAUAGUCUCCUCCUUUACUGUGUUGAUUCCCUUUAUAUAUUUAAAUGUUUCUAUCAUAUCCCCCCUGUCUCGUCUUUCCUCCAAGCUAUACAUGUUAAGAUCCUUUAACCUUUCCUGGUAAGUUUUAUCCCGCAAUCCAUGAACCAGUUUAGUAGCCCUUCUCUGAACCCUCUCUAAGGUAUCAAUAUCCUUCUGAAGAUACGGUCUCCAGUACUGCGUACAAUACUCCAAGUGAGGUCUCACCAGUGUUCUGUACAAUGGCAUGAGCACUUCCCUCUUUCUACUGCUAAUACCUCUCCCUAUACAACCAAGCAUUCUGCUAGCAUUUCCUGCUGCUCUAUUACAUUGUCUGCCUACCUUUAAGUCAUCAGAAAUAAUCACCCCUAAAUCCCUUUCCUCAUAUGUUGAGGUUAGGACUCUAUCAAAUAUUCUGUACUCUGCCCUUGGGUUUUUACGUCCAAGAUGCAUUAUCUUGCACUUAUCCACAUUAAAUGUCAGUUGCCACAAUUCUGACCAUUUUUCUAGUUUACAUAAAUCAUUUGUCAUUUGGCUUAUCCCUCCUGGAACAUCAACCCUGUUACAUAUCUUAGUAUCAUCAGCAAAAAGACAUACCUUACCAUCAAGACCUUCUGCAAUAUCACUAAUAAAAAUAUUAAAGAGAAUGGGUCCAAGUACAGAUCCCUGAGGUACCCCACUGGUGACAAGUCCAAGCUUCGAAUAUAUUCCAUUAACUACAACCCUCUGUUGCAUGUCACUCAGCCACUGCCUUACCCAUUCAACAAUAUUGGAAUCCAAACUUAAAGAUUGCAGUUUAUUGAUAAGCCUUCUAUGUGCAACAGUGUCAAAAGCCUUACUGAAAUCUAGGUAAGCAAUGUCUACUGCACCACCCUGAUCUAUAAUUUUAGUUACCCAAUCAAAAAAAUCAAUAAGAUUAGUUUGGCAUGAUCUCCCUGAAGUAAACCCAUGUUGUCUCUGAUCUUGAAAUCCAUGUGUUUUUAGAUGUUCAACAAUCCUAUCCUUUAACAUGGUUUCCAUCACUUUCCCCACUACUGAAGUAAGGCUUACUGGCCUAUAGUUGCCCUGACUCCUCCCUAUUACCUUUCUUGUAAAUGGGCACAACAUUCGCUAACUUCCAAUCUUCUGGGACUACUCCUGUUAACAAUGAUUGGUUAAAUAAAUCUGUUAAUGGUUUUGCUAGUACACCACUAAGCUCUUUUAAUAGCUUUGGGUGUAUUCCAUCAGGUCCCAUUGACUUGUCUUUACUUUUGACAGUUGAAAUAGAACCUCUUCCUCUGUAAACUCACGUGUAAUAAAUGACUCAUUUAUCCUUUUUCUUAACUGAGGUGCCUUUCCUUCAUUUUCAUCUGUAAAUACAGAACAAAAAUAUUCAUUGAGGCAGUCAGCUAGACCUUUGUCCUCUUCUACAUACCUUCCUUCUUUUGUUUUUAAUCUAACUAAUCCUUGUUUUACUUUUCUUUUCUGAUUUAUGUAUCUAAAAAAUGUUUUAUCCCCCUUUUUUACUGACUGUGCUAUUUUCUCUUCUGUGUGAGAUUUGGAAGCUCUUACUUAUAAUUUGCUUAGCCUCUUUCCGCCUAAUCUUAUAGAUCAUUUUGUCUUCCUCACUCUGGGUUUUUUUAUAAUUCCUAAAUGCUAACUUUUUGUUUUUAACUAUUUUGGCCACAUCUGCGGAGUACCACAGUGGUUUCUUGAAUAUUUUGCUUUUACUGACAAGCCUAAUGCAAUUUUCUGUUGCCUUCAAUAGUGCACAUUUUAAAUAAUCCCAUUUCUCUUGGACUCCAUUUAAAUUGCUCCAGUCUGAUAAUGACUCCUCUACCCAUAUUCUAAUUUUAGAAAAGUCUGUUUUUCUAAAGUCUAAAACUUUUGUUUUUGUGUGGUGUGACUCAGUCACUGUUCUUAUAUUAAACCACACUGACUGAUGAUCACUGGAUCCUAAACUUUCACCUACAGUAAUAUCUGAUACCAAAUCUCCAUUUGUUAACACUAAAUCUAGUAUGGCCUUUUUACGAGUUGGCUCCUCAACAACUUGUUUUAGAGACAAUCCCAAUAGGGAGUUUAGAAUAUGUGUGCUCCUGGCACAAGUAGCUAAUUUUGUUUUCCAAUUUACAUCAGGAAGAUUAAAGUCACCCAUGAUGAUAACUUCCCCCUUCAUUGUCAUUUUAGCUAUUUCCUCAACUAGUAGAUUAUCUAACUCUUCAAUGUGUCCUGGGGGCCUAUAAAUCACACCUAAAAGUAGCACCUAUAUAUACUUUACGUAUACUAUGUGAGCAGGAAGAACAUCCUUCUUCCUAUCCAUGUUAUUUUAUGCAGUUAUAUAGCACCAACGCAUUCCGAGCACUUUAUAAUUCUAGAUAGGGACAUUUGAAGGUGAAGAUGUGCAUGCUUAAAUGAGCUUGCAGGCUAUAAGGAUUUGAGGUAGGUGGAUAUAUAUUCUUAGGUGCCUUGCCCAAGGAUACUUAUUGCUACGGUGGUCUAACUGGGAUUCAAACAUGGGUUUCCUGGUAUUUUGCCACAGCUGCAACAACAAUAAUAAUUACAAUAUAUUUUAUCAUUGCCUGUUCAGAUUUAAUGGUGGGAUGUGAACUCUUUUCAAACAUGGCAUUUUGUCCGCAGCCUGAAGAAGCAGAUACCAGAGGAGAAAACCAAACCUCCGAGGCGAAUUGGACCAAAGGAACCCAAGACGACCCAUGAAGAAUCAUGUUGUGGCCGGAUGGAGCACCCUAGAACAAUGUGCCCUAAAUGUGAGAUAGUUAGCUGUCGAAAAUGUGACACUCUACAUGCCCACUCCCUGUUUGUGGCUCAUAGUUUAUUAGAUCAUUAUGAUGUUUGAGAGUGCUCAGACAUAACUUGAAAAUACAAAUGGAAAUGACUAUUUCAGAGUUGAUAAAAGUUACAUCAUAGCUGUUUAAUUAAUCCUUCCUUACAGAGACCAAACCUAAAGUUACACAAUUAUAACACUGCAGAAAAACUUACCAAUAAAUGACAUUUACCUGUAAAUUAAAAUAAUCUUUAAAAUGAAAGAUUGCUAGUUUACACAAUCCAACAGUCAGUUAAUGUCUGUAUUGUAUUUUGAGUUUUUUAAAAAUUGUAAUUCAUGUAUAUUGAAAAUAUGUGCAUCAUAGCAUAAGGCAACACACGUGUUGCAAAACCAGAAAUGGUAAGAUAACAGAAAGAAAGCCCAUCAUCAUGACGAGUACCAGUUUUUUUGGGGUAAAAUUUGAUUAAAAUAAAUAAAUAAUGCACUUAAAAAUAAAAUAAAAAAUUAAAUACUAAUAAUAGAUUACUUGUACGGCUAACAGAAUCCAUCCCCUUUGCACACACCCUUUAUAUGCCUACUCCAUAAUGGCUGAAAGAGCAUCAAGGUAAAUGCACAGACAGUUACUUAUAAUGACUCUUAAACAUAGCACUUUAGAGGUUGGUGGAUCGUAUUGUCGAUUAUGCUAUAACAGCAAAGGCCACACAAAUCCAGUGCACAAACAGUGGCUAGCCAUGGCAGUGCGGAUGUUUGCUACCCAAAAUGUGCAUUAUACUCAACCAGUCUAAGGGUAAUAGUUGGAAACAUGAGGAAUCGCAUGUUUUUGGAUUGUAUGUUGAUUGUUAUGUGACAGAAUGUGUGAAUGUGACAGGCCAAGUGAGCGAGCAGGACUAAGAGCUGAGGCAGGCAAAUGAUAUAUCCUGGAUUUAUGUGGCUGGGUGUAAAUUGGGAAUUAAAGUGGGAGUAGGCAAUGGGGUGUGUGCAUAUUAAUGAAAAGUAAGGGAAUUGGGUUAUAUGUACUGGUGGGCGCAGCGGUAAUGACAGGGAGAUAAGUAGCAGGUAUGUGGGUGUUACAUAGUUACAUUGGCUGAAAAGAGACAUGCGCCCAUCAAGUUCAGUCUCAUAUCUGUUUUUGCUGUUGUGUUUGAAGCACUUCCAAUUUUACAACAAACCAGGAAUAAAUUCCUUAUUGACCCCAGAAUGGCUAUUAGCCCACAAAUUAAAAAUUAUAUCCCUGAAUAUUAUGUUUUUGCAAUUAUUCAUCCAGUUGCUGUUUAUACAUCUGCACGAAUUCUGAUAAAACCACUUCUUUGGGCAGAGAAUUCCACAUCUUUAUUGUUCUUGUAAAAAUUCCUUUCCUUUGCCUUAGACUAAAUCACCUUUCUUCCAGUCUAAAUGCGUGACCUUGUG